UGAAUACGCAAGAAGUAGGAGAUACCAUCUCUGAUGGUGCUGUAGCACAACAUGAUGUGGUGAAGCCUGAAAAAAGUGAAGACACAGUUAAAGAGCGACCCUCAAAAAGGAAUAGGAAGAAGGAAAAGGAGCCAGUUGAAAAGCCUUCCCUCAAGUCCCAAAUUCGUAAAAGGCUGGAAGUUUUACCUUUCGCAACAUCUAUUAUUGCUCUUUUCUUACUCAUUUUGCUCGGUGCCUUUUAUGUGGUUCACUGCGUCUGGGCAGCAGCAGAGGCUUAUUCAGCCCCUUCUAUUGUUUUAACUUCUCAUUCCCACGAUGGUCUCCAUGUUUUUGAUGACUUUAGAGAAGCUUAUGCAUGGUUAAGCCACAACACUGAGGUUGAUGAUAAAGUUGCAUCAUGGUGGGACUAUGGCUAUCAAACCACUGCUAUGGCUAAUCGCACUGUUAUUGUUGACAAUAAUACCUGGAACAAUACCCAUAUUGCAACUGUUGGUACUGCCAUGUCUUCUCCUGAAAAGCCCGCCUGGGAAAUAUUCAACUCCCUGGAUGUAAAAUAUGUUCUUGUUGUCUUUGGAGGUCUUGUUGGGUACCCAAGUGAUGAUAUCAAUAAGUUCUUGUGGAUGGUUCGUAUUGGAGGGGGUGUAUUUCCUCAUAUUAAGGAACCGGAUUAUUUAAGAGAUGGUCAGUAUCGGAUUGAUUCUCAAGCCACUCCAACAAUGUUAAAUAGUCUCAUGUACAAACUCUCGUACUACAGGUUUGUGGAGACAGAUGGUAAAGGAUAUGAUAGGGUGAGGCAGACAGAAAUCGGAAAGAAAUAUUUUAAACUUUCGCAUUUUGAAGAGGUAUUCACCACUCACCAUUGGAUGGUACGAAUCUACAAAUUGAAACCUCCAAAGAACAGAAUAAGGGGAAAGACUAAAAAGUCGAAGGGGAAAUCAAGUUCAACUACCAGUUUGAAAAGAAAAGGCACUGAAAAGAGAAAUCCGUGGCACUGAAUGAUCAUCUGAUGAUGGGAUAACUUUCAAAAAGCAUGUAAGUUACACAUGUAUUUGACAACCUUGGCAGAUACUUGUUGAGGCAUAGUUCGAUAAUUUUCUUACGGAUGGAGAAAUUUUUGUAGUCUUAUCAUAUAUUUUCCCCUUUCCUAUUUGCCAAGAUUUAAGGGAUCUAAUUGAAGUAUUGAAGGUGGAUAGAUACUUUUGCACAUUUUUUGAGGUAUUUACCUAUCAUUCUCCUCGUCGCUUGAAUGCUAAAAUGAGGGUGAUGCUUCUAUUGCUCACGAAGAUCCAUCUCCUUCCUAGAUAUGCCUAACCAGAGCAAUUACUAUGAUUCAUGGUUCUAUCUUUCUAUUAGGGUGAAAGGUUCCAUUCUUUUUUCCCACUUCCCCGACUUGAAUCUGUCAAAUGAAUACACAAUUUGCAGCUACGAGUAUGAAAUAUGUUCUAUUUUAUAUUUUUGUAGUCGAUUUAUCAGGCUCAUUGGAAUAGCCGUUGGUUGGGCAGAAACUGAUUGAUGGAAUGGGAACACUUGUUUCAAUGGCUGCACAUUAUAAGGAUUGGAAAUGCUAUUUUUUAUUAUUUUUU